AUGGCUGAGCUCAUGACUAAUUCGGGGUCCGUUACUUCUUUUGACUGUGCAGAUAUCGUCCGUGGUCACCGAGUGAUCAGAUGCGACGACGAGUAUUCGCGGAGUUUUCUCAGCAAGGCGAUCACUAAGAUUAGUGAGAACUGGGACGGUUUAAAGCUCAAACUUGUCCCUGCGGCGGAAAUUCCAUCGAGGCCUCGAGCGCGCGUAUGGUUACCCAAAAACCCUGGUCCUCCUGACCUUAUUCUGCAGCAGCUAAAGCUACAAAAUCCAGAAAUCCAGAUGGAAGACUGGUCGGUUCUCAAGACCGAAGAACCGCAAAAACACAGCCAAUCAUACUUACUUCUUAUCAACGAAGAAUGCUUGCCAGUCAUUGAGGCUAAUGACUGCAAGCUGCGUUACGGCAUCCGGAAGGCAAAAAUUAAAAUCUUCAAAAACGCGCCACCGGAUAAUAUUCUGGAUGAGGUUGAGGGCACUAGUAAGCUGCUAGAUGACCUCAUCAUCGAUAACAAACCUUGUUGA